AGUUGCAAACAUAUUUUUCCAGUCUUCUGCCUGUCUGUUAACUUUAUAAUGUUUUUUGUUGAAUAAUAAGUCCUUAAUUUCGGUGGAGUCAGUUCUUUCAGUUCCAUCAGAAUUUUCCCAUAUUGCUUAUACUUUUGAGAUCUGAAGAAAUCUUUUUAUCACUCAAGGUCACAAAUAUAUCAUCUUAUUUUUUAUUUCAUUAGCUUCAUAGUUUUACCUUUCACAUUUAGAUCUUUAAUACAUUUGGUGUUUGUUUUGAGGGAAGAGUAUUAGGAAAUGAAGUUAGAGAGGUACUGGAGGGAGCACGUUGCAUGGGGAUUGUAGGCCGUUGUGGGGACUUCAGUUUUUAUGCUCAGUGAAAGAGGAAGCCAGUGGAGGUUUUGAACAGUGGCUGCCACGGUCUGAAAUCUGAAGUACACUUUUAAAAAAUUUUUCUGAUGACUCUUGAGAAUAGGUUGUGUGAGGUAUGACAGAGACUGUUGUUAAUUCUUCUCCAGUAUCUAGGAUAUCCUUUUCUCUGUUCGUUUCUGAAUCUCUCUUAGGGACCCAAUUUCCCCUGACUAUAGGAGAUGUCUACCUGAUAAGGUUUGGGCCAGUUAAAUGUGGGCAAAAGUGGUAUGUGCAGCUUCUGGGUUAUCUUCUUAAAGAUGAGGAGCUAGUCCUGUUCUUCUCCCUAUGCCACGCCCCACCCCCCUCCCACCCCCCCGCCCCGCCAACUCUAGAAAGCAGCAACAACUGGAAUGGCAACAGCUGCCUUGAAUCCAGAGGUAGACAUCCUGUGGUGAGAAUGGCAGAGCCAUCCCCAUCAGCCUAGGUCCCCAGAUGACCUUGUGGAACAGAACCAACUACUACUCACCCUCCUCCCCUAAGCACCAGCCUAUCUCUGUACUGUUUCUAGGAAGAGAAUAAACUUUCUUGUUUGAGCCACUGUAUUUGUUAUCAUUUUAUCACAGCAGCUUUCUCCAUACACAAUUUAAUGCCAAAAUUGGUACCUGAAGUGGGAUGUUGCCAUAAUAAAUAGCUAAAAUGCAUGGCCCUGGCUGAGUGGUUGGCCAGCGGACAGUAGGCACUGUGUUAUAGGCUGGAAAACCGGUGACCCUUGUUAUGCUAUGGCAGAACACUUGGGGAAGCUGUCACCUGAUAACUUGGAAGGGCAUCGAUGUGUCUGCCCAGUUUGUACCUCCAGGGCAGUGGUUAGAAAGACUGCUACUGUGAGACGUCUCACACUAGUUAACUAGCUGCUUUAGCAAGGAACUCCAAGAGGGUGUCAAGUAAGAGAACAAUUAGCUAGUUUGCAUUUCAGGUUGGGAGGGGGUAUAAAUUUGCUAAUGAAGUUCUGUACGCCCAUGGCCUAUGCUUCACAUUGAUGGAAAGGACAGUAAUACGGGGUAUUGCAGGGUUGGAAAAAAUAGUUUCUUUUUCCCAAACAACAAGAGGUUAGAUUCGUUUUUAGGAACCUUCGUCAGAUUUUCUUGGCCAGAGAAAAGUGGAAGCCAGGCUAGGCAAGUAUCAUAUUAAGGAUUUAUCUUCCCACCUGAACCAGUCACUUAAGCUAGGUAAAGCUCCAGUUACAAAUCCAGUCUCAGUACCCUAGGACAACAAAGGUUUAUUUCUUACUUCUGACAUGUCUGUGGCUCUGUUCCACCAUCUUCUACCACUCCAAUCCAAAGGAAUAGGCUUCCUGGGGACAUUGCUGUUCUGUUUCAGAGGAAGAGAGACAUGGCAGACCCAGCUGCUUGGAAGCGGCAUGUGUUACUUUUGUUCAUAUUUUAUUGGCCAGAGCUAAUGGAGUGGCUGAGCCUGAAAUCAUUCAGGCAGAAAGAACAUUUUAAGUCACAUGGUUUGCCCCGAUGUGAAUGGGGUGUGGUGAUGGUAUAAUCAUCCUGCCGCGUGAAUCAGAUGCUCUCAAGUUAGCUAACCUUAAAUUGAGAGAGAGGGAUGCAUCUGCCUCAGAGGUCAGCUAAUAAUAGGAGGACAGAAUUGACAAGCUUAGCAUCUACCAUCAGACUAAAUUUUGAGUUGUGGUUACUUUCAUGUGGCACUGGCUGAAGACAAAGAGACCUAUGGAGGUUUUGAGAGGAUUGUGUUGCCAAAGAUGCCACAAGUUUCGCUUGGCAAAACCUGUGAUGAUUUGACAUUGUUUGACAACUAAAGCAGUCUUUGACCCCCAAACAUGUACCCCCAGGAAAUAGGCUACUAGCUCUUUCCUGCCUCUUUGGAGCACAUACUCUCCUAUGUUCACUUCAUAUAUUUCCAGAAAGGAUAACAGAAGAAAGUAUCUUCCAGAGACAAAGCCAGGGUGUAGCAGACAAAUGGACAAGUGAAUCUGUCCCCUCCUUACAGGCCCCCCUGCCUCCCACAGCUGGCCCAGCAAAGAACCUAAGUUUAACCAAGGAACUUGCUUCCCGGGUAGAGUGGAGACUCUUUGCCUUUCCUGUCCAGCAGUAUUUCAUCAUUGAAUUAAAAGGAUUUACUGUAUGUCUUAUGAGUGUUUACCGGAACCUUGGGAGACAGCCUUUCACUACCAAGUCCCCGGAGCGGUGUCUUUGCUAAGCCACAAGGCCGGGAUGUGAGGGGGACUCCAGCUCACCUUUUAGGAAUGAAGAGAUAAAGAUGAAUGCUGUGUUUCAUCCGAUACUGAAAAUUUGAAGUUUAGAAGACAUUUGCUAAGUCAAAUCACUUCAAGGAAGUUGCUAUUCAAGUCCAAUACAUCAUAAUGCAGAAUUCUUUAUCAGUACCACCAAAAGAUCAAGGUGAAUCACACAUCUCUUCUGGAACGAUUCAGAGUGGGAAAGGUUUGCAGAAUAAGAGUCAGUUUAGGACCAUUGCACCAAAAAUUGUGCCCAAAGUCCUAACAUCCAGAGUGUUAUCGUGCCAUUCCCCGUCGCUCUCUGAUCAGGUGAAUCCAGGACCCUCCAUCAAUGCCAAGCCACUGGGGGUGCCCACCCAGAAUUAUGCUCUGAUGCAGGUUGCUGGACAGGAGGGGACGUUUUCGCUCGUCGCUCUGCCACACGUUGCCUCAGCUCAGCCAGUCCAGAAGCCCAGACUACCGCUGCCUGAAAACCUUAAACUGCCUAUUCCUCGAUACCAACCCCCGAGAAAUAACAAAGGAUCAAGAAAGAAACCCGUUCGGAGCUCCUCGGAGAGUGGCAGUGGCAUACCUCCUGCCCAUACCCAAAAGUCCCCCUCUCCACCUGACCGUCCUGAACCCCCGCACAAAGCUGGUCCGUCAGAGCAAGCGCCUUCCCUGGUCCAAGCCCCAGCCGGCGGCACCACGGCGGCACCAACCAGCCAAGGUGGCCCCGGAGACUCUCCACCUCUGGUGACCAGUGACCGUGGAGAUCCGAACCCUCCUGCGGCCCCGACACCGUCCAUGCCAGAGGAGCCCUCUGCCAAGCAGGACCUCGCCAAGACCCCAGGGAAAGCAAACUUGGCGACCAAGAAAACCUGCAGUAAACCUUCUUCCGUUGCGGGUGGAAAACUUAAAGAACAAGUCGAUCUUGCAAAAGCCAUGACCAUUUUAUCUCCGGCUCUUUUUGGCAACACAGUUCAGCUGAUCUCUCCAGUCCCCAGAGGUAAACUGCCCAUCCUCCCCUACGCCAGGAUGAAAACAGCCGAGGUAUGCAGGGGUCCGUCGGAUGGGAACAUCGCCGACGGUUCUUUGCCCGGGCUCAGGGCCGUCUGUGACCAGGCAGCCUCCAUCACGGAAGGCUGUCAUGCAGCCACCAAAACGGUUGGCAAGACACCUGCUCCGCUGUUGUCCAAGCAGAGUCCCUGCGAGGAUGCUUUUCGUCCCGCAGCCAGGCUGGAUCUCAGCCACAAAACAAAGCUGAGUAGCGGGGCCGCAAAGAGAAGAGUCCGGAAACGAAAGGGCCCAGAGGACAUAUUGGCAUUUCAGGGGAAAAGGAGGAAAUGUAUCAUUAGUAAGUGUAAAGACAGCAAAGAAAGAGUGAAAACCGAGCCCCAGGAACCCAGACACCAAAACCCCGGGGCUCUGAAGAAAUACCGCAGCAUUAUGCCGAAGCCCGUGAUCGUGGUGCCCGCCGCGGCUCCCGCAGGGGCGCUGCCAUCCCCCGCCCCCGGCGGCCUGGAGCACGACCUUCUGUUCGGCAGUUCGCUGCCUCCGAAGUGUGCGGGCUGGAAGCCGGAGGGCGCCGCGUCCCCGAGGGCCGUCCCUGCGCUGAGGACCGGCGUCGCAGGCGUCAGGAAGCCGUGCUACAGGUGUCACGUGUGCAACCACCACUUCCAGUUCAAGCAGCACCUUCGCGACCACAUGAACACGCACACGGACCGGCGGCCGUACAGCUGUCGGAUCUGCCGCAAGGCGUACGUGCGAUCAGGCAGCCUGAGCGCGCACAUGAGCCUGCAGCACGGCGAGAGCCGGCUCAGGAAGCUCCUGUGCUGCGAGUUCUGCGCCAAGGUGUUCGGCCACGUCAGGGUCUACUUCGGCCACCUAAAAGAAGUGCACCGGGUCGUCAUCAGCACCGAGCCCUCCCCCGGAGACAGGCAUCCGGGGGACGCGCCCAAGAGCAGAGGCCUGAGUGGGCGAGGGCCCGACGGAUCCGCGGAGAGGGAAAACAAGUCAAGCCUGGAAGAAGACCUCCUCCUCACCCAGGCAGAUGAAGUCAAGUUACAAAUCAAAUGUGGCCGCUGUCAGAUUACUGCUCAGUCUUUUGCUGAAAUCAAGUUUCAUUUACUUUACGUCCACGGAGAGGAAAUUCAGGGCCGGCUGCAAGAGGAGAGCCUCCCAGGAAGCAGAGGCACUCAGGAGGACCUGGUGAAACACGCUGCUCCUUUCUGGAAGCAGCAUCCCGAGAGAAGAAAGCUGCUGAACAAGCAGGGUCCCCCUGAUGAGGAGGUCCCCAAACUGAAACGGCAGCUCUGCCUUCCUCCCCAGAAGGAUGUGGAAAUCCUCCAGAAGGCUGAAGGAGCCCAGGCAGGCCCCAGCGAGGAAGGGGCGGCCCCCUGGGGCCCUGCGGAUCCCAGCCCCCACGCCCCCCUCCUUCGGUCCCAUUCAGGCUUUAACUGCGUGCUGUGCUCACAGACGCUGCCAAGGAAGGAAGAGCUCCUCCUGCACUGGGAGCAGCAGCACAACUGUGAGGACCCUCCCAGGCUGUGGACGAUUUUCAACGCGCUCUCCCACCAGGGAGUGGUCGGACUUUCUGGCAAAACUGAGCAAUGAAAUACUGGGGUGGGAGGGGGUUAAAGACAGUGUUGCUUGCUUGCUUUCUCUUUCUCUCAAAGUUCUGUGUUCCUAGGGUGGUGCUUAAUUAUAAAAGUCAAACAAGUUAAGAUCAGCAUUAAUGAGCACAAGUGAUUUUGUACAUAGUUUUAUUUUCUUAUGAAAUAUAUAUAUAUAUAUAUAUGCUCUCGAUGUAUAUUUUUCUAGCCAUGUGAAGUUUUAUUUCAAAAUUCUGUGUACUAACUGUUAAUGUCCUAGACUUUAUUUGAGAAUAAAUAAAAAGAUCAAAAUUUGGA